GGCGGUUGGUGGGCGCGCGCCGUUUUUACACACGGCAUCACAACACCAAAAUGAGCAAACAUACGAUGUAACAACGAGGAUCAGGAAUCUUUUUCUCGCACCUGUCAAGGAGGAGGCGUCCAAAUGACGCCGUGGCAAUCCUCGCGGCACCAUGGUGUUAGACACCCCUAAAUAAGCUAUUUGUGAAACGCAGUCUGCUUACGCCCGAGAGUGUCAGAGGCCAAACGCCUGCAGACAGCGUUCAUGGCGUGCUUGCGCUGAAAGAACCACAAUGGCUUGUGUUUGCGCUGCCGCGGGGGUCUUCUCUCUUGUGCUCUCAGCAGAAGGUGCCGGGGAUGCGGCGGCCAGCACUGCACAUGCGCUCCUGCCUUGGGCUGCCGUUCGCUGGAUAUUGCCGCGUGAACAGGCGCUGCUACCCUGGUUUGCAGCGCCACGCAGCUAAAUACCCCAUCAGUAUUUCUCCCACACGGCACUUGAACGAGAGAUGGACAUGCUUGGUUCGCGCAUGAAGUCUCUGUCCUGAGCCCUGACUCGUGAGUCCGCUCCAAUGCGAGGUAGAGCUUGCAGCGCAAAUCGGGAUUGCUGACGGAAGAACGGUCCCCACCGCCGAGCAAACCGCCGACUGGAUACCCCGACUUACCCAAGUUCUUGACGAACAGAUUCAGGUAGAAAAUGCCUCCGCCAGUACGGCCCCAUACGGUCUUCAAUUGAAUACUGUGGAAGCUCAUCCAGCCCGUUCCCUUACGAUGGGCCUGCGGCUGCUUGGCCGUGAAAUGGAAGCCGCCCUCGCGCACGUCGUCCGCCCACUUGCCGGUCACAUUAAUGGACACGAAGUAAACGUCCGAGCACGCGUCGCCACAACGCUGUGCCACGGCCGCGACGGCCAGGAGCGUCGCGCUCUCCGCUGCAAACUGCGGGACCUCGACCAGCAAGUGUCUGCCGUCCUUGAAGAGAUCAAACCGCUCCCCGUGUAUAUUUUCCAGGCGGGGAUCCCCGACUGCAGCAGCGACCGCUGCAGGCGCACGGGCUGGCGUAGGGGCAGGCGUCGGCGCCUUCUUGGGAAAUCUGGACGGUCUUUGAAGCCCACAGGUAUUUGGAGAACUGCGAGGCAUGGAAACAUUUGCAAGGAUCUCAAGUAGCCGAUGGGAAACGGCAACGCUGAGGAUAUCGAUGGUAUUGAUGCGGGGCGCGGGCGCGGCGCGCGCUCUUGCAAUCGACAGGAGACGAGGUGGUGGGUGACAAAACAAACAGCAAGAGGGCGAGGCAAGGGCAACGCGGGGAGCGGGCAAGGGCCAUGCGCCAGGGCGAGAAUGAGAACGACGCAGAGAUGACAAUAAGGGCGCCUGACUACUCGCAAGGGCGACAGCGAAGGUCAUUUCCAGGAUUAGCCGGAAGGACUUUCAUGCGGGGUCCUUCCGUCGAGAAUUUGUUUCUGGACACCCCGCGCAGGAACACACAGGAGCACACACUAAUUCACACUCACA